CACAGAAAAUAGUUCUCCUUCUUCUUACUCAUACUACAGAGAAGCAACAUCUCCGGUGGAGCAGACAUAAAUUUUUAAAAUAUCAAUUUCGUUUCCUCUUCUGCAAUUCAAGAACAGUGAUGGCAGGGGGAACAGACAGAACUCCUCUUCACACUGGACUACUUCAAGAGCUUGAAGGUGAUGUUUCGCCAGACUGGUUAAGCCGUAGUAUUUUCAAAGUGCCUAAACAUUUGCGCCGGAUAAGUAAACAGUCGUAUGAACCUCAAGUGGUCUCCAUUGGCCCUUACCACCAUGGUAAAGAUCAGUUGAAGAAAAUGGAGGCGUACAAAAUGUUUUAUCUAAAAAGGCUACUUGAGCGAAGACCAGAAGUUAGUCUGGAGGAUUAUCUGAAGGCCUUGAAAGUCAAGGAAAAAGAAGCUCGCGAAUGUUAUUCAGAACCUUUGAAUCUUAAUGGUGGAGAAAAAUUUGUAGAAAUGAUGCUCCUUGAUGGAUGCUUUAUCAUUCAGCUUAUUCGAGAGAAAAACGAGGCUCCCCAUACAGAUAUUCUUUUGAGUAGAGCAACGCUCGAUUUGCUGCUAGUUGAAAAUCAACUUCCUUUCUUUAUACUUUUACUGUUGUUGGACAUGACUGGGAUGUCAAAUGAUCCCUUCAUGGAUAUGGCUAUUAAAUUCUUCUCUAAAAUAAUUCCAGGGUUUUUUGGAGGACCCAAGAAUCAAGAAGACAUCAAGCAUUUCCUCGAACAAAAAAAAAAAGAAGACAUCAAGCAUCUACUGGGCUUAGUUCAUGAUUGCUGGACUUUUUCGCGUGAGGCAAAGCUUAAUCUCUGUUCAUCAGGGGUAGUACGGAGUUCACCACCUGAGCCUUCGGAGGAAUUAAGGUUUCCAUUACUUAAGGCAACAGAUAGUGAGAAGGAAUGGCGAUUCAUACGUUCAGCAACAGGGCUCAGAGAGGCAGGAAUAAUUUUUAAAAAAGUGGAUUUUAAAAAAGACGAGGGGAGAUUGUUUGAUAUAAAGUUUGAAAAGGGGGUAAUGUCAAUUCCAACUUUAAGAAUCGACGACCAUACAGAGUCCAUUCUUCGAAAUUUAGUUGCUUAUGAACAGUGCUUCAAGGGCGCAUCUUCAAAAUGUUUAACGGAUUAUAUUACAUUCAUGGAUCGCCUCAUCAACACUUGGAAGGAUGUUCAAUUACUUUCUCACAAUGGAGUUAUUGAUAACUGGUUAGGUGAUCAUGAUGUGGUCGCAAACAUGUUUAACAAACUCAGGGACUCUGUGGUGAUCUCAAAAGACCACUUCUCUUAUGAUGGUACCUUCAACAGUGUGAAUGAGCAUUGUGACAAAAAGUGGAACCAGUGGAUGGCAAAUUUAAGGCACAAUUACUUUCACAAUCCAUGGGCGGUAAUUUCCCUUUUCGCUGGGAUUUUCUUGCUUCUACUUACUGUGCUUACAAGUGUUAUGUCGGUUCUUUCUUAUCUAUAGAAUUAAGUAUGGAAAAGCUCCUCUCUACAUGGUGAAGGCAGAGGCAUAUUGGGGUAUCAAUAGCGAAAGUUAUGCCCAACGCAUAUCUUCAUGGUUAUGUUCGUCAUUCCAGAGUUUGCAAUAAGUGAAGCUAGCUGCUCACACAAAAUUGUUUCCCUGUUUAAAUUGUGAUGUCGUGUCAUGUUAUGUGUUCUACUAAAAAUUUGCGUGGGUUGUAUUCCUUUGAAGUCUCUCUCUCUCUUUUUUUUUUUUAAAUGUAUCCCUUUGAACUCAAUUUGUAAGGAUGUUUGCAGCAAUCUAUAUAUCUGUGUAUUCCAUUCCAACGUAAUAACUUUUAAUUCCUCCA